GGGAGCAAAGAGAGGGAGGGCGGAGCGAGACGGGAGUGGUUCCCGCCCGCGCUGAAGGCGCUGUCAUUGGUUGAAGCCGCCGUCAGUCGCGCGCUGCGUCCCGCCCACUCUGGGACCCGGAAGCGCAGGACCAGACAUCCCGGCUGCGUGGCUUAUUGAUGACUGUAUUUAUCACUUGAGAGCUCCCGGUGCAGUUGGCAGAGGGGGAAUGGCUGUGAGAGCUUGUGGCUUGAUCAUCUACAGGAGGCUGCAGCCAGCACCGUCCUCCAAGGUCGCUGACAGCAUCGAGUACCUCCUCCUGCAGACAUCCUACGGGACCCACCACUGGACCCCGCCCAAAGGCCACGUGGACCCAGGUGAGGAUGAUCUGCAGACAGCCUUCAGGGAGACGCAGGAGGAGGCUGGUCUGCAGGCCAGCCAGCUCACCCUCGUGGAGGGCUACAGGAAGGAGCUGCACUACCCUGUCCGUGGCAAACCCAAGACCGUGGUUUACUGGCUGGCAGAAGUGAAGGACUGCAACACAGAAAUAAAGCUGUCCGAGGAGCACCAAGCUUUCCAGUGGCUGAAGCUGGAGGAUGCUUGCAAAUUGGCAGAGUAUGAGGACAUGCAGGCAACGCUGAAAGAAGCGCAUCAGUUUCUCUGCUCCAAAGAAUAAGUUCUUCUGUGAAGGAUAAGGGGAAUUUCUGAAGGAAAAUGGUCUGGGGAUUUUUCGGGUUUUUUUGGUUUGUUUUUAAAUUGGAGGAAGAGCUACAUGGCUGCAGAAAUGUAGAUUUCUCUGCUAACUCUGUAGAAAUUCAGUGAAGAUACAUGGAGCUUUUAAAGAGCUCGUGCUUUUGUCUCGUCUAGCUAACACAAAAGGGCAUGAUCUGAUUGAAACGUGAGCCAGAGGUGUCUGAAUUGAAACCUAGAUCUAACAAAGACUUCCUCUGUCCCUGUCUCAUUUUCUUCCCUUUUUUUAAAAAUUUUUUUAUUUUUUCCUCCCUUGAAGUGCUGAACAACCACAGGUCUUUUUGAAAAAUGAAACACUUGAUGUAUCUUGACUUGCUGAUGUAGAGCCACAGAGUUGAGAAAAUGAGCAUAUGGAGAUUUUUAGUAACAGAAUUCUUGCUGCAAAAGUCACACCUUGCAUUUCAAAUGAGGAAGCAGUAGUUUUGUUCCCAGUUCCUCCACUGAUAUGCUGUGAUCACUUGUCAAAUCAUUUCAGGUCUUGUUUGUUCAUAUUAUGAAUUUAUGUAAAUCCCUAAUGUACUGUUAUGAGAACAUUUUCCAUCCAAAAAGUUAGUAAACGGCUGAGGUACAGUUCGUUGAGAUGGUAAACCUGAAGUUCUUCUUUGGCCUCUUUCUUUUCAUUUUUUGAUCUUUAACAGGCAUCUUAGCCAUACAUUUUUCAGGGGGGUGAGAAAGAGAAAUCUAUGUGAAUAAUACAUUUUCUAUACAGGA